AUGCUGUUCCAAAGCCUUGUUAGUCAACUCUUUUUUCUUCUUCUUAGCUGCUCGCCAGUUUUUACGGUCCCAGUCAAUGUGCCUGGGGGUGGAGCAGAUCUAAUUGCGCGUGCUGGCAAUAAUGGCAAGGGCACAUCAAAAAGCAACCCUAAAGAUGCAACAUUUGACGUUACCGGAUGGGAAGACAUCGCGGAAGAGGAUUGCUAUGUAAUGCUUUGCCUGAAGAAUGGGGAAAGAACCUGGCAAAGAAACCCUACACCUGGUCUGAACAAAGUCCAUUACCAAAAAUCGGGAGCAGCAGCGAAACCUUUCCAGAAGGGCAAUGUGCCCAAGCGCCAUACUGGACAAAUCAAUCCCCAGCCUGGAGAAAGGACGGAGACCAAUAGUGCAGAAGAGUUUCCCUGGGAGAGUAUGUCCCAGGGGGGCUCAAAUGCUGAUUUGCUCCCCGCAACUAGGCAUGAACAAAAAUUGCAAGGAGCUGCUAUCAGAAAAGGCUUUCAAACAAGCGAUAUUGACCUUGGUGAAUGGUUCAAAAUCACAUUCACAGGUAACCUAGGGCCAAUUUGCCAGGCGCUACACCGAGAUCCCCCAGAUGAAAGUAUCUGCAAAAAGCCUGAGGUUUCCCUUUUUGGCAAGAAAAUAAACCUAAACGACUGGGUCUGGUACAUGGCUAAGGUUGGAGGGAGUCUCGCAUACUAUCAUGCAGCUGGCAGCUCGAAAGACAAGAUUGGGAAGCGUAUGACCCUCAUCGAAGUCCCGAAUUAUAACAACGAUGGAGACAGAUUCAUGGAGAAUCGCGCUGACGGUUUCACGAAUGGUGACAAUCCGCCGAUCGUCGAUCUGCAUCAGGAUUUCAAGCUCGAUGGCCUCGUGGCACGCGCAGAACAUUACACAAAUGGAAAGCCUGCUUCGCUCCAGGUGUUUGAUCGAGAUCUUGAGAAUAUGGAGCUUACUGAAGAAGAUCUGGAGAUUAUCAAGCCAUGA